AUGCCUAUUUUGGCCCUCCAUGAUGCACAUCUCCAUGAAUGUUCUCCAAUGGUGACGUGCUGGACAAGAUACAUCUUCGCGAGGAGCAUACUGUACGCCAUGGCUUCCUCCCCACCAGAAGUGCCCGCUCACAAGGCUUGUGCGAGCUGCCGCUCUCAGAAAGUCCGAUGUAUUCUUGACGAGGCUGGCUCGGAAGUAUGUCAGAGGUGCGCAAGAGCCGGGAGAGUGUGCGUCUUUACGCCAUUGCAGAAAAGAAAGCAGAGAAAGAGGACGGACACCAGAGUUGCUGAGCUCGAAAAGGAGAUGCGGUCGAUGAGAGCGGCCUUGGCGCAGAAGAACGAAGCCGCACGAUCAGGCAGUCCCAGCCAGCAACGCGAAGAGCCUCAGAGCGCCCGGCCCAUAGGACUGUGGUACAAGGACACUCUACCAGAUGCCGCUCGUUUGGGUCAAGCAGGUGACUGGGAGGAGCCAGAAGAAGCCCGUCCACAGCGAGCACAGCUUGCCGAGGAUGCAUCAUGGGCUCCCAAAGCAACAACGUAUACUGGCAAGGACGGUAAGGAUGUAAUCGACAGCGGUCUGAUCAGCAUGGCUACGGCGCGGCAACUUUUCGAGACGUACAAAACGGACCUCUUUCCCCACUAUCCCCUAGUAGCCAUCCCUUACGCGACCACUGCGGAGGAUAUGCGUCAAACGAAGCCAGUCUUGUUCCUGGCCACCAUCGCGGCCGCCUCUGGAAAGGAACAUCCAGACCUGUCGGCACUGCUUGACAAAGAAGUGCUGCAUUCCUACGCGACCAAAACUCUCAUCCAGUCUGAGAAGAGCCUCGAGCUGGUCCAGGCACUCUUGAUUUCUGCCGUAUGGUACCAUCCGCCUAGUAAGUUCGGACAGCUCAAAUAUCUAGAAUACAUUCACAUAGCCGUCACGAUGGCGAUGGACAUCGGCAUCGGCUCUAGACCUUCAACGCACCGUAGUCGACUACAAAACCGGGGCUAUCAAUUUCGGUCCAGACCAAUACAUCCCGCCGAAGACAUUCGCAAUCCGGACCUGAGUAUGACCCCACGAUCGCGCGACACAAGUCCCCAAACUGCGACUCUCGAAAGCCGACGAACAUUCUUGGGCUGCUAUGCGCUGAGUGCGGGUGUCUCUUUAAGCUUGAGACGUCCAAAUUUGCUUCGCGUUAGCAGCUACAUCCGCGAGUGUGUUGACUAUGUCGGAAGAGCUCGCGACGCGCUCCCUACAGACCCGACUCUUGUGGCUUGGGUGAGGCUACUCAUGCUUGCAGAGGAGAUAAGCACAUCGCUGUGCUACGAUGACCCAGGAGGCAUUGCAUCCAUCACUGAACUGCGAACACAGAUCAUGCUGAAGGAAUACGAAAAGCGACUCACCGCUUGGUAUGUCAAUUUGCCGGAAGCAGGCGUAGGCUCAGGCUGUCUGUUCGUGAUGUACCAAACGAUCCGCCUUUUCUUGUUCGAAAUUGCACUUCACCUCGAUCAUCAAGCUGAGGACUUCCGAGCGCCAUAUCAAAUGGGAGGAGUCGUUCAACCGUGGGCCCAGGAAGAUGUAGAGCGAAUACCGACGCAAGUGCUUGCAGGCUGUAUCGCGGAGUGCGUCACAAGCGCCCAUUCUCUACUGAACAUAUUCCUCGCAAUGGAUGUCGACGCUUGUCGUGCUUUACCCGUUUUUAGCUACGUCCGGAUCUCGUUCGCAGCAUUCGUGCUCGCCAAACUCUGCCUGUCCGCGACCCAUCCAAAGUCUCGAAUAGGUCAAGUCUUGGACAAGAGCAGCCUGAAAGUCGAGAGUUAUAUGGACAGAGCGAUCCUACACGUGCGCAACAUCGUUGGGCCGAAACGUGGCCGCGUACCUAGCAUCUUCUUGGCUUUGCUCUUCAAGCUGAGGCAGUGGUGCCUGGAUCCUCACAUCAUCGGCCAAGGUCAAUACGACGCCUCCCAGCCGAUCUACGACCUUAGGAGAGACGGAGCUGCAAGGCAAAUCGAAAACAAAGAAUUCGAAGGAGAUUCCGCUGACAGAACACCGUCAAAUUACGCCAUGGAGCUCGAUGGGCCUCGAGUUACCGAACAUUUAGGCAGCAGCGAAGACUCUCCAAGAGAAGCUCUCCCUCAAAAUGCGACAGAUUCCACGUCAUCGUACCCGGUGGUCGACACCGUACCCAUGCACCAAAGAAACACCGCGUUCGGCUACAGCUUCACUGGCAAUGCUGCUACAAGAACUUCUAUGCCACAGACUCGUGCAGGUGGACCGGAGGCUGGCGACACGAGCAACAUUGUGUAUACUCCUACCACCGACAGCAUGCAGAUCGAUGCCGAGCUGCUACAAUUCAUCACAGACAUGAAUACAAACUCGGAAGGCGGUCUAACAGGACUGGACGACUGGGCCAGUAUAUCAAUGGGUGGGCUGGAUCCGAUGGGCUGGCAGAUGCCCCCAGAUAUCAAUGGCUAA